AUGUCUGACGCGACAGACCAGCACGGUAAAUUGGCGGCGGAGGGGCCGCAGCUGCAACCCGAUGUGGAAUCUCGCGACCGCGAUGUCGACGACCUGGACAAGGCGAUGACCUACGCCAUUGACGAGAUCGAGGAGCAUUUUGACAUCGAAUCCGACAACUCGCCGUACCCCGAAGUCCGCGCCAACGUGCCUAACACGGACGAUCCGACCGUACCCGUCAACACGCUCCGCAUGUGGGUUCUCGGGGUCCUCUUCACCAUGAUCGGCACCGGUAUCAACCAGUUCUUCUCGAUGCGCUAUCCUGGCGUCACCAUCUCGUCUCUGGUGGCACAGCUCAUCGCCUACCCCGUCGGCUGCGCCGUAGCCCGUAUCCUGCCGGUGAAAAAGGUGCGCGUCUUUGGUCGCUGGGACUUGGUGAUCAACCCGGACCACUACUUCAAUAUCAAGGAGCACGCGGUCAUCACCAUCAUGUCCAACUUGUCUUUCGGGCCGUCGUGGGCCACCGAUAUCAUCCAGGCGCAAAAGGCGUCGGCGUUCUAUGGACUCGACACACCUGUCGCGUAUCAAUUCUUGCUCGGCCUGUCGAUGCAGCUAUUCGGGCUUGGUAUGGCUGGGUUGGCGUACCGCUUCAUCGUAGAGCCUCCUCAUAUGAUCUGGCCCUCGACGCUGGCCAACGCGGCGCUGUUUCAGACGCUUCAUGGUCGGGCGAACCCCAUCGCGGACGGCUGGAGGAUCACGAGAUAUCGGUUCUUCCUAUAUAUCUUUGCCGGCGGCUUUCUUUGGUAUUGGCUACCCGGGUAUCUCUUCACCGGUCUGAGCACAUUUGCCUUUGUGUGCUGGGCCGCGCCAAACAACGUGGUGGUCAACAACCUAUUCGGCAUGUCGACGGGCUUGGCCUACCUACCUGUCACCUUCGACUGGUCUCAGAUCGCUUACAACGGAUCUCCUCUGGUUGUUCCGUUUUGGGCCCAAGCAAACGUCUUUGCCGGAUGGGUCAUUCUCUUCGCCCUCGCAACACCCAUUCUGUACUAUACCAACACGUGGUAUACCGCGUUCCUCCCAUUCUCGGGGGCAGAUACUUACGAUAACACCGGCAAGAUCUACAACGUUACUCGCAUAGUGGGCAAAAACGGCAACUUCAUCGUGGAAGAGUAUGAGAAAUACAGCCCUCUCUUCAUGCCAGUAACGUUUGCGCUCAGCUACGGCACAUCUUUUGCAACCAUGACCUGCGUGCCGACCUACAUCUUCAUCAACUAUUACAGAGACAUCGUCGGUGCAUUCAACCCAAGUCGGAAAAAGGACGUCCAUACUCGCAUGAUCGAGAGAUACCCGGACACGCCAUGGUGGUGGUACGGCAUCAUGACCGCCGUUGUCCUGGCAUUGACCAUCAUCGUGCAAGAGGUCUACAAGACCCAAAUGCCAGUCUGGGGCGUUUUCUUAGCUUUCGGUUUGGCCUUGAUCUACUUGAUCCCGACUGGCAGUGUCUACGCCGUCGCAAACCUCAACAGCAAUGUUCUCACCGUCCUUGGCGAAAUCAUCUCAGGAUACGCCAUUCCAGGGAAGCCCAUCGUCAUGCUCAUCUUCAAGUUCUACGCCUACACGGGGCUCAGUCAAGCCAUGAUCUUCUCCUCGGACAUGAAGCUCGGCCUCUACAUGAAGAUACCCCGGCGAACGCUGUUCGUAGCCCAGCUGACCGCCUGCAUCAUCGGCUCUCUUACGCAGAACGCCGUUCUCCUGUGGAUGCUGAACCACGUCAAGGACAUCUGCCACGAAAGCCAGCCCAACGGCUACACAUGUCCGCAAGGACGAGUCAACUUCUCCUCGAGCAUCAUCUGGGGUGCCAUCGGCCCCGCUCGGCUAUACAGCGUCGGCAAGAUUUACUCUGGCCUGCUGCACCUGUUCUGGAUUGGUGCACUGCUGCCUGUAAUGACAUUCUUUCUCAAGAGAAGAUUUCCAGACAAUAAGUUCCUAAGAUACCUUCACUGGCCCCUCUUCUUCGCCGGGACGGGCAACGUGCCUCCUGCCACCGGGCUCAACUACACUUCGGCGUUUGUGGUCUCCUUCAUCUUCAACAAGUGGCUCAAAGGCAAAUUCCCGCAAUGGUGGGCAAAGUACAACUACGUCCUAUCGGCGGCUCUCGACUCUGGCCUAGCGAUUUCUGCCAUCGUAAUCUUCUUUGCUCUGGUUUUCCCCGGUGUCCAGCUCAGUUGGUGGGGUAAUAACAUUCAACAGUCGACAAUCGACGGCCAAGGCAUUCCCUUGAAAGCUAUUCCGCUUAAUGGCACUUUUGGCCCUACAACCUGGUCUUAG